AUGCGACUAUUACCGGUAACUUAUAUCUGCGUUGGUAUCUUAACCUGUGUAGCAACAAGUCCGAUUACUUAUGAUGAUGUCAGAGGUACACCAUACACAGUCGGUUAUGAUCAUCGAGCAAUUACAAUUAAUGGUGUACGAACAAUGCUUAUAUCGGGUGCCAUACAUUAUCCUCGUUCAACACCAGCUAUGUGGCCAUAUAUAAUGAAAAUGGCUAAAAAUCAAGGUCUUAAUACAGUUCAAACAUAUGUAUUUUGGAAUCUUCAUGAACAAAAACAAGGUAUACUGGAUUUCACUGGUCGAGCUAAUUUAAGUGCCUUUCUUCAAGAAGCUGCCAAUGCUGGUCUAUUUGUUAAUUUACGUAUAGGCCCUUAUGUAUCUGCUGAAUGGACUUAUGGUGGAUUACCAGUAUGGCUUAAUCAAGUACCUAAUAUAUCAUUUCGUUCCAGUAAUGAUGCAUGGAAACGUUUAAUGCGUCAAUUUAUUUUGAAUAUUGUUGAUUAUGUAACACCUUAUCUUGCUAAGAAUGGUGGCCCAAUUAUUGUUGCACAAAUUGAAAAUGAAUAUGCUGGUGAUGAUCGCGCUUAUGUUGAUUGGUGUGGUACUUUAGUAAACAAUGAACUUUCAUCAACAGAAAUUCCAUGGAUUAUGUGCAAUGGUUUAUCCGCUAAUUCAACAAUUGAAACAUGUAAUUCAUGUAAUUGUUUGGAUGAUGGUUGGAUUGAUCAACACCGUCAAAUGUAUCCAGAUAAACCAUUGAUGUUCACUGAAAAUGAAGGAUGGUUUCAACAAUGGGGACAACCUAUUUCUAUUCGCAAAACAUCUGAUGUAGCUUAUUCAGUUGCUGAAUGGUUUGCCGGUGGUGGUGCUUAUCAUGCUUAUUAUAUGUGGCAUGGUGGAAAUAAUUAUGGACGAAUUGCAGCUUCUGGUGUGACAACAUUGUACGCUGAUGAUGUAUGUCUUCAUGCUGAUGGUACACCAAAUGAACCUAAAUAUACUCAAUUAAGUCGUCUUCAACAUAUAAUUGCUGAUCGUGCCGAAGUUUUAUUAAGUCAAGAUUCUAUUCGUACUACAAUACCUUAUUGGAAUGGAAAAGCAUGGGCAAAUGGUACUUCGCAAUUUGUUUAUUCAUAUCCACCUUCCACUCAUUUUGUUAUUAGUCAAGCUACUUCACCACUCUUUGUACUUUUUCGUAAUCAAAAUAUUUCAAUGAAUGAUCACUCUGUUCGAAUAUAUGAUGAUAAUAUGACUUUAUUAUGGUAUAGUGCUGAUUAUAGUGAUAUUGCCAGUAAUACUACUGAACUAGUUCCUGUUGUUGUCGGUCCACUUGAUUGGCAAACAUGGUCAGAAUCGUCAGUUAAAUCGAAUUUAUCAGUAAUCAGUUCUCCAAAUCCUAUUGGACAACUGAAUAUCACGAAUGAUGAAACUAUUUAUUUGUGGUAUCGUCGUAAUGUGACAUUAAAACAGGCAUCAGCAGAUACAAUAUUGAGAGUUCAAACACGUAUAGCUAAUGCCUUACUUUUCUUUUUGAAUGGACAAUAUUUAGGUGAAUUUGAUGAUCAUAAUCAUCAAGCAGGUAGUGCAGAAGCUUUUAUUGUAUUGGAUCUGUCACAUUUCAAUUCAAAUCAACAAUAUUUAUUUGAAAUUCUUUCGAUUUCAUUUGGACUUUUCAGUGGUGUGUAUGCAAAUACUUUUGAACAGAAAGGCAUUGAUGGUAAUGUAUGGCUUGACGGACAAUUAUUAUUAGAUAAUACAACCGAAACAAAUUUUUGGAACCAUCAAAAAGGUUUAAUUGGUGAAUAUCUUCAAAUUUAUACUGAACAAGGUUCAUCUAAAGUUGAUUGGGAUACCCAAUGGACAAAAGGUAUUAAUCAACCAAUAACAUGGUUUCAAGCACGAUUUGAUUUGGAUCAUCUUAUACGAGAAGAUAAAAAUGCUAAUCCGAUUUUACUUGAUGCUCUAGGUCUUAAUCGUGGUCAUGCAUUUAUUAAUGGAAAUGAUCUUGGUCUUUAUUGGUUAAUUCAAGGUAUUUGUGAAAAUAACCAGCCGUGUUGUUGUCAGCAUGCUCAAACUAAUUGUUUAAAACCGACUCAACGUUAUUAUCAUAUUCCACCUGAUUGGCUAAGGCCGAAAAAUAAUUUAAUUACAAUAUUUGAUGAUUUAGGUGCACCAUCACCUGGAUCAGUUGGUCUAGUACAACGUGUUGUUAAAAGCUCAAAAAUAAACGAUUUUUUUCUAUAA